AUAAAGGAAUUUUGCAGGGGUCAGCUUCUUGUUAAUAAUGACGAAGUCCACCACCGACACAACAAAACACAAGUAGAAUUUCUUCUCUCCUUCAUCACAUAUGCUUAUAUCAAUCAAUCAUUCAACCCCUGAGAUCAUCACUAUCAAAAAUUAAGUUCAAAAUUCCUGCAGAAAUGGGGGAUUUCAGAUCCAAAUCGUACAAGAACGAGCAGCUCGACAACACCUACGGCUAUUACGGCACCAAUUUCGGCGACAACAAUGCCAAUUUCAAGCCGAAUUCAAACCCUAGCGGGAUGCAAGAUCUGAGGUGCUACAGCGCGUCGUACGCCUCCUCCUCCGCGCAGAGCAACGGCCAGCUCGACAUCGUCGUGGCCGGCGGCGGCGGAGAGCAGUGGAAGUUCAAAAAGGGGAAGUCAACGAAUGGGGCUGAUGCGAGGAGCUGGGCUCUGACUGAUCCGGAGCUGCAGAGGAAGAAGAGAGUUGCUAGCUACAAGGCUUAUACGGUUGAGGGGAAAGUGAAGGGAUCGUUUAAGAAGAGUUUUAGGUGGAUCAAAGAGAGGUAUACUCUCAUGGUCUAUGGCUAUAGGUGAAUGUAUUCAUCUAUCUCUCUGUCUCUCUCUCUCUCUCUCUAUAUAUAUAUAUAUAUAUAUAUAUACGUGUAUGUAUUGUGUUUGCCUAAAUUGGUUGUUGAACCUUUGGAUUUUGAUAUUAGUGAUUAAGCUUCAUUUUGUGGUGAAAUAUAUAUGGAUUUGAAAUGUAUGAUUGUAUUGAGUUUGCUGCGCUAAAUCGAAUUGAAUGAUUCUGAAUCAAA